AUGACAGCGAUAUUUGCUUCAUGUUGUGGAAGACAUGCGAAUGAACAGACAAGAAUCAUCGAGAAGCAACUCCAAAAAGAAAAGAAACAACUUCGUCGACAGUUACCAAUAAUUAAUUUGCGCCUAAUUUGUGCUGUUAUCCUGUUAUUUGGGGAACAGGUGAAAAUUUUACUGUUGGGCUCAGGAGAAUCCGGAAAAUCAACAUUUAUCAAACAAAUGGUUAUCAUAAAUGGUCGAGGUGAAUUUACUGCUGAUGAAGUACGAGCAUAUCGACAGCAGAUUUAUCAGAACAUAAUUGCGGCAAUGAGAGUACUUCUGGAUGCACGGCAAAAGCUGGGAUAUGUUUGGAAGAAUCCCGAGAGACAAAAGAAUGUUGACUGUAUUAUGAGGUUUACAGCAUCAGAUAUGAUGCGAGGUAUCGAUCAGUCUACAUUUGCCGAAAUGGCCCCGUUAAUACGAGACUUUUGGGAUGAUGCAUCAAUCAAGCAGACGUAUGAACAGCGGAAUCUCUUUCAGAUUUCUGAUUCCUGUAUGUACUUUUUCGAUCAUAUCAAUCGAGUGGCAAUGCCAGAUUAUUGUCCAACCAAUCGGGACAUAUUAUUCUGUCGAAAAGCCACACGAGGAAUAACCGAACAUGUUUUUGAAAUACAGCGAAUUUCAUUUAGAUUUAUUGAUGUUGGUGGGCAACGAUCACAACGACAGAAAUGGUUCCAAUGCUUUGAAGGUAUUACAAGUAUAUUAUUUAUGGUUGCUUCAUGCGAAUACGACCAAGUAAUCCUUGAAGAUCGAAGGACAAAUCGUGUUGUUGAAUCGCGAUCUGUUUUUGAAACAAUUGCUAACAAUAAAUCAUUUGCCAAUGUUUCUAUAAUAUUAUUCAUGAACAAAAGUGAUCUACUUGAAGAGAAGGUUCCAAAAUCGGAUAUUCGACAGUACUUUGCUGAUUUCACCGGUGACCACAGUAAUUUGCGUGAUGUUCAAUUUUUUCUGGUGGAUAAAUUUGAAAAUUGUCGACAUGAUAGACGACGGCCAUUUUUUUAUCAUUUUACGACAGCUGUAGAUACGGAAAACAUCAGACGUGUAUUCAAGGAUUGCCGUGAAACUAUUCUGGAGCAAAAUUUGAAAGCACUGAUGAUGCAGUGAUAAUAAUGGCCAUAGUAUUUUGUUAGUGAUAAGAAAGCAGAAGUGGAGAGGUGUUGAUAAUGUCUGAAUGGAUUCUGAGUGGAUGUGUGCAUCAAAAGCCUUUUUUUUAUUUGAUAAAAAGUUG